AUGGGUGAUCCUGUCACACCCAUAUCCUCCCGGAUGCGACAACUCCAUCAUGAUGGCCUGACUAGGACAAAUCGCUCUGCAGAUUCCGGUUACGCAUCUUUUGAAUCAUCCCCUCUAAAAACAUGCGUGGAGAGGCAGUCAAAUCGCGCUUCUUUGUCGCUGGUUUCAAGGCGUGAGGACGGAAGCUGGCGGUCUUUCGACGGGACUGGCUCCGAGAUAUCAGAUAUCCAGGAUUCGGACAAUGACUCCGAGCAUUUCAUUACGCCGUCCCCGUGUACGGGCCGACAGAGGUCAGCAACUCUGCCGCGAACAUCGCGCAGGAAAAUGUCACGGACGGACUCGUAUCGAGUGGUCUCAAAGCGCCCGGUUCAGCAUCCUCGCCAUGGAUCUGACACCGCUAUCAGUGGGUCCAGGGCCAGCUCCCUGAGGGCACUCGAUCGCUUCGUGCCACUGAGAGAUCACAAGACACCGGGAUCUGAGAAGUUGCGCACUACUAGGCCCUUGGAAGAAUUGACCUCUUCCGAGCGUCUCGUCCGUCACAACAAAGAUGCACCUGAUCCUUUCUGCUUCAGGCGACGGCCUUUGCCACCGUCUCCAACCGAGUCCCGAAAAACCGCAAGGUCCGGCCAGAGUAGCACGACACUUGAUCCCGGACUCCAUCAUCCACCGGAGAGGAGGGUAAGCAACAGUAUUUGGUCUGUUGGAGGAAGGGCUCCUAGUCAUGGAGCCAUUAAUGAUGGGCGUGGUGGUCUCGUACAAAGUGGCACCAACGCCCCUUUGUUCAACACCCUGUUUCCGGCGCUGAAACCCAAGGCCCAAGAAGACGUCGAGAAGCACGAGGCUCGUCUUGCGUCUGCUUUCGACAUCGACUGGUCCUCGAGAAUCUUCGACUGCGGCAUCUCAUCGGCUCGAUCGAAGAGACAGCAAAGGAGGUCCGACCCAGUCUUGAACAACAGAACACACUGGGAAGGCUCUCAGCUGGUCAAGAACGACCAACAAGAUAGUACGGUAUCCAAAUCCAAGCACGAGAUGCGAACCCUGCCGACGGCCCCAUUCAAGGUACUCGAUGCACCAAGCCUACGGGACGAUUACUAUUGUUCGAUCUUGGCUUUCUCGCCAAUCUGUCAGACUUUAGCUGUGGGUCUUGGCACGAGGCUCUAUAGCUGGUCUGAGGACACGGGAGUGCAACUGCUGGAGGAUAAUGGGCCAAACGAUUCAUCGUGGAUAAGCACAGUCGACUUUUCUUCGAAGCAAGGGAGAAAGUGUAUUCUUGCCUACGGUCGAUCGAACGGACUGUUGAAUCUCAUGUCUUUAUGGGAUGCACCGACACUAUACGAUCGCCAAUAUCCCCGUCCUCACAACCCUGGGCAUCCGGCUGAGAAUGAGGACCUGCUCGUCGGUGACGAACACGGCAACAUUUUCUAUUAUGCUGUAGAGUGGCCCCUAACAUAUGAAACCUACCGUCACAAUUGGCGAGGGAGUGUCCAAUGUCUUGCCUAUAUAUCAGCUCACAGGCAGCAAAUAUGCGGGCUUUCCUGGUCUCUCAACGGUGAAUUAUUUGCGAGCGGGGGCAACGACAACGUGUGCUUUCUUUUCGAGGCGGAGAAGGUGACAAGUUACUACCAGGAAGAGAGCGACCCCGAGCAGGAUAUGAGCAAUGUCUUUGCUGCGUUCCGAGAGCCUAUCCCGCCUCGGGGGUUCAACCUCAAAAGAUUCCUGGAGAGUAUGGGGUCUGGGACAGGUUCGUCCAGGUCAUCGUCGAUCCCAAAUGUUCGCAAUACAACAUGGAGCCAGCGCCAGAUAUCGGACUCAUCAACCAGCAGUGCUGGCAGCCGCUUGACCGCGAUGGAUUCGAUUGAUGACCGCAUUACGAGCACAACCGGGCCCUCGCCCUUCGCGACUUUCUUCCGCCCCGAUACGACCACGCGUUUCUGGGACCUGGAUCGUCUUGUCGCCGAGCGUGUCCAACCGCGCUAUCCGCCCUCCCUGCCAUUAAAUGUUCCUACAGCUUCUGAACAUUUCCGCAACCCAGUCUCUGACACUUCAGGGGAUCCACGCCACAUCGAAGAGCGCCAUGCAAAGCAUCGCUGGGAACACAAUGCGGCCGUGAAGGCCAUUGCAUUCUGUCCCUGGCGCGAGGGCCUGGUCGCCACUGGCGGCGGCUCCCACGACAAGUGCAUCCACUUUUUCCACACGACGUCAGGAGUUGCGCUCGCUACCAUUGCUGUGCAUUCGCAGGUCACCAGUCUGAUCUGGUCUACCACGCGGAGAGAAAUCGCCGCCACUUUCGGUUACGCACAGCCAGAGCACCCGUACCGAAUCGCGGUGUUCUCGUGGCCUGAAUGCCGGCAGGUCGCAGCGAUACCAUGGGAAGGCGAGCAUCGGGCGCUCUACGCCGUCCCAUAUCCUCGGGGCCCGCCAGACCGGAAGGCGGCCAAAUAUGCCACGGGCCGGUCGAGUGGUUGGAGAGACAGGGAGAAGAAGAGGAACCGAACAUUUAUGGAGGGUUGUAUUGUUGUUGCGGGCAGCGACGAAAGCAUCAAGUUCCACGAGGUUUGGUCGGGAGGCAAGAAGGCCACCAUUGGCGGCGUCGGCCUGCUUGGCGGGAGUGACAUCCUUGAGGAUCUAGAGGGGAUCGAGAAGGAGGGCGAUGUUAUCCGCUGA